AUGAACGGCGAGAGCCUUCCUCAAACCUCGAGGAUUCCGUUGUAUGAAGGCAGCACCCAAUUUCGUCACUGGCGGUUCUCUCCAGAGCAACUGGCGGAAACUCGUAGUCUGCUGAAUGCUGCUGCGGUAGCAGUUAUCCGUGACGCUUUUGAAAGCGAUCAGCCAGGCUCCUCAUCGCAAGUCUCCUUCCUGAGUGCCGAAGAAGAGAACCUUCUCGUGAAGCUCUACCUCGGAAAAAUCCCACAGUUAUGUGGAAUCUUCAGGUUUCCGGAAGAGGUAGAAGCCACGGCAAUGUCUUAUCUCAAGCGAUUCUACCUUAAAAACACAGUCAUGGAUUGGCAUCCUAAGAACGUGAUGCUAACCGUCGUCUUCCUGGCGACUAAGACAACGAAUUACCCUAUACCUCUAGAUGCGUACGCCAGCCGAAUUCCUAAAACUACGCCAGGUGAUGUUCUCGACCUCGAGUUCCUUGUGGCGCAAAGCCUCGGAUUCGACUUCACUAUAUGGCACGCACACCGCGCACUAUGGGGCCUGUGGCUUGACAUACAGACGCUGUCAGACAUCCCCCUAGACGAUCUCAGCAAAGCCUAUGAUGGAGCGUUGACGAGCAUUCGUGCAUCUCGCUUCACAGAUGCUGAGUUUAUCUACACGCCGUCACAGAUCGCACUUGCCUGUCUCUCCAUUGCGUCGCCCGCGCUUGCUUCUGCAUGGUUGCGCUCGAAAUCCGGUCAGGGAUCCGACGAUGCAAUUUCCGCUAUGCUGGAACCUCUAAAAGCGAUGGUCUUGUCUCAGGGAUCGCUUCCGGAUGUAGAAGCUGUCCGGGAGGUUGACCGGCGUCUGCGAUUAUGCAAAAACCCUGAAAAGAUCCCGGGAACCAAUGCGUACAAUAAGAAGGUUGCUGAAAAGCAGAGGAAAGCGGAAGAGAAACGGCUGCGAAAGGCUGAGCUACAGCGCAAGGCAAUGGAGGACGGGGAUCCGUUUGGAAGCACACUUACUGCGCAAGCGGACUUGGAUGACGAUGACGACGACGAGUGA